GUGAGUUGCUGCUCUCUCCUCCAUUUCUUCAUCCCCAUCCUUCCUUCUUUCCUUCCAAGUUCCAACCAUUGCCCGACUUUAGCUUUCUGCUUUUCUUUUCUCGGAGUUUUUUUUUUCAGUUCAAGUUGGCCGAAGCUCUGUUGCGUGACCAUCUUGGGUGCGAAGUUUUUAUUUUCUUCUAGUUUCCUGCUGUUUCUCUAGAACCAAACAGUGCAUGGUUUUGUUUUUCUUUCAGUUCAUCGGAAAAGUGAAUUUUUUUAAAGAUUUUAUUAGUGAGACGCAAUGGGGAAUGCUUCAUCAAUGCUAACUCAAUAUGAUAUUGAAGAAGUUCAAGACUACUGCCAUAAUCUAUUCUCUCAGCAAGAAAUUGUUUCAUUGUAUCAAAGGUUUUGCCAGUUAGAUCGAAAUGCAAAGGGAUUUAUAUCUGCUGAUGAGUUCUUAUCAGUUCCAGAGUUUGCUAUGAAUCCUCUCUCUCAGAGGCUGCUUAAGAUGGUGGAUGGUUUGAACUUCAAGGACUUUGUAGCCUUCUUGUCAGCUUUUACUGCCAAAGCAAGUGUAGAGCAGAAAAUUCAACUUAUCUUCAAAGUGUAUGAUUCUGAUGGGAAUGGAAAGGUGUCUUUCAAUGACAUACUCGAAGUGUUGCGUGACUUGUCUGGUUCAUUUAUUUCCGAUGACCAAAGAGAGCAAGUCUUGACCCAACUUUUGAAAGAAGCAGGUUACUCAAGGGACUCUUACCUAAUGUUGGAUGACUUCAUUAAGGUUUUUGGGAGUUCUGGACUAAAAAUGGAAGUUGAAGUUCCUGUUGAUUAAGCUAAUUCAUGCAGUCUUUCCCCUGGAUGACUGGAGAGAAAUGAUUGCAUGCAUCAUAAUUCAUAGGAGAGAAACCCAUUUUAGGCAUACAUAAAUACACCUAUACUAUGUUCCUAACCUCAGUGACAAUAAAUAAUUAGCCACAUAUGUAUCAAAAAUAAGUUCAGUUUCUGAAAAUGGUUAUGUGUAUCUUCAAAAAUUUUCAAGUCUCUUCGAUGGGUGAUUUAGCAGUUCAAGAUUCAUGUUUCCUUGUCCUGCUUCUCCAUCACAUGCUUCACCUAUUUGAGUGAUAGCACUUUCUUGGACCAUAUAGAAAACUGUAUAGUUGAACAGUAUGAAGGUUCAUGGUUUCAGACUGGACCGGAUGAAACAAAACCAAAAGGUUGUUUGAACUCUUUCCCGAAAAAUCAUAUGACAAAGUCAUGGUAAUUGACACCAUCUGAUGGCUAAGAAUGCUCGAUAAGUUGGACAUUGGGUUUUGUUUAUGGUUGGGAUAGAACCGUGAGGGAGAAGUAAGGGUAAUUACCCAGAUGUCUAUGGUCCUAUAGGUGUAACUCGUAAGCUACAAGCAGUCAGGCGAAAUCUUGUGCUUGAAUAGAACCAAAAAUCCUCUUUAAAUUUCCGACCAUAUAACUUCCUGUUAAACGAUGCCGACAUUGCUCACCUGCGGUAACUGGGACAAAUUGUGAGAGUGUGACAUUCCCCUUGCAAGUGCUUGGCAAUUUCUCGUUAACUUCUCUGCCACUCUUUCUGAAUAACUCAAAAGCAAAGAACGAUCUCUCAAAUGAAACUAUGUCUUCUGAUGCACACUCUACUUGCUGCAGUGGCAAACUCUCUUAGAAGACAAGCAAAAGGGAAACAUUCUUUUGAAAAAUGAUCUCCAUGUCCUUAGACAUUUCUCUCUCUGGAUUGCUCAACUAUGUUCUUGCUUAUUUCACAGAAAGUCUUGUUUCUGUCCUUUGUAAAUUGAUAGACCAGGGUCGAGCUUCCAACAUAUUUGAAACCCAAAGUUCAAAUUCCACGAACCUUCUGCAAGAAAUUCUUCCAAGGAAGAAGAUAGAACUUGUUUCAUCUGAGAUGGAAUUAGAUUCCUCAAGAAAGAAGUUACUAGAGUUCAAGAAUUUCAAGGCAGCAGCAAGCAGUAACAAGCAUACAACAACUAGCAACCAGUCAAUUCUCAAGUUUAAGAAUGAAGGGGCUUCAAGUUCGAAAGAGGUAUCUCGAGUCCCAAGUAAUCCAAGAAGUAAGGUCUGCAGCAGCUUUUGUAAAGGUAAGGGAGUUGUACUGCAGGCUAGUGAAGCUGAACAACUGAAUACACGAUUGAAGAUCCUUGAAGAAGAAAAUGAAAUAAUGAAGCUAGCAUUCUUAGAGACAGCCAUGGAAAGGAAAGAAUUGGUUAAUGAAAUAUGUCAGCUGUUUCAGACACUGCAAGACUACAGCCUCCACCAUAAAGAUCAAGAAGAUGGACACAGAUCCAGCUAUGGAUCUUUGAUCCUCAAACCUUCUAAGGGUAGAGGAACGGAGUCGAGCGGUCUGUCACAACUUCAAUUGGAAAAUCAAGGUUCUGAAGAUCCUAUAUUAGCGAUUCUUGAUCAGAGUUACACAUCUACUCAGAGUUAAUUGUUGUGUACAUCAAUUUACAUUUCAUCAACUAUCAUGACUUGAUAUGCUCAAGUAGUUUCCAAUCUUAAGGAACUCAAUGCCAGAAGUAACAAUGACUUUAAUUUAA